GCCGGCGGGAGCGGCCGGCGCGCGCCCGCCCAGGGGAGUUGGGGUUCGCAGGGGGUUGUUUUCGGCUCUGAGGAGGUCCCCGCCCAACCUUCAAAAUUUUGUCCAAAAGCAGACAAGAGGAUCGCCCCGCGCUGAGCCGGCUGGUGGGCAGCAGGAGGCGCCUGAUCGCCGCCGGGGCGCUGGGGGUGGUGAUGGUGCUGCUGCUGGUCAUCCUCAUCCCGGUGCUGGUGAGCUCGGCCGGCACGUCGGCGCACUACGAGAUGCUGGGCACCUGCCGCAUGGUCUGCGACCCCUACGGCGGCACCAAGGCGCCCAGCACCGCCGCCACGCCCGACCGCGGCCUCAUGCAGUCCCUGCCCACCUUCAUCCAGGGCCCGCCCGGGGCGCCCGGCCUGAACGCGGCCGGGGCCAUCAGCGCCGCCACCUACAGCACGGUGCCCAAGAUCGCCUUCUACGCCGGCCUCAAGCGGCAGCACGAGGGCUACGAGGUGCUCAAGUUCGACGACGUGGUCACCAACCUCGGAAACCACUACGACCCCACCACCGGCAAGUUCACCUGCUCCAUCCCGGGCAUCUACUUCUUCACCUACCACGUCCUGAUGCGCGGAGGGGACGGCACCAGCAUGUGGGCUGAUCUCUGCAAAAACAACCAGGUGCGUGCUAGUGCAAUUGCCCAAGAUGCUGAUCAGAAUUACGACUAUGCCAGUAACAGUGUGGUUCUCCAUCUGGAGCCGGGAGACGAAGUCUAUAUCAAAUUAGAUGGCGGGAAAGCCCAUGGAGGAAACAACAACAAAUACAGCACGUUUUCUGGAUUUAUUAUUUAUGCUGACUGAUAAUGCAAAAACUAAGCUUAUUAUUCUGAGUUUGAACACUGGAUUCGUAUGGCUAACGUCAGUGAAUCAAGGAUCCCAGGGGAUGCCCAUGGCAGGGCACCUCAGUUGUGUAUAUGUGGGGAAAUCAAAUGCUACCUGACUCACAUCUGUAUCACUCAGAAACAUUAUGUAAAAAAAAUCAAAGCAAGAUAAGCAGAUGUGUGAUCCACUACCGCCAAAGCAAAUACUCCUUAUGUUAGUGUCCAUGUGAAUGAAGUCCUAUAUAGAUCACAAAUUUUUAUAGAAAAAUCUAAGACACUGAAUUAUUUCUUCAAUAUAUAUGAUACUUUGGUGUACUGUGAUCUUGCUGCUUUUAUCCAUAUGUCAGCUUUGGUUCUUGUGAGUUUACCUGCUUAUUAUGAUCCUUGGAGUCCAUUCAUAGCGUGGGGAAGAAUGAUUUUUACUCUGCAGGAGAAGGUCUAAUUGAAAUAAUGCUGCUUGUCCCCAAAGAAAUGGUUUGCCUUGUACUCUUGUUAACUUUAGAGCUAGACCUGGGAAUGAUUCAACUUCAAGCCUUAACCUGGAAUUUUCUGGAUUUGAGGGAAUUCCCAAGCCUAUGAUCAUUUUCACAUUUUCUUUUUCUUAUGAAUGUUCUUUUCUCCCUUUUCUGGUGAUAGUCUUUAAAAAUAGAGAUUGACAUUGUAUCAUAGGAUUACCCUCUAAGUGUGAAAAUGUGUAAUUAUGUAUGGUAUUUAGAAAAACUCCUUAUGUGUCCAUUUUGUCAACUGAAUACAUUUAGAUUUACUUGGAAAGUCAGAGAAAUGUAUUCUUUAGUAUUAAAUCAAUCUGAGGCUUUUGCCUUCUUUUGAACAAAAGAUUAUUCAUAACCCAAUGCACAAAGGUUUAAUUUGAGCUGCUGCAUGCGUCACCAAGGGGACACUAGGUAGGCCUUCAAACGGUUACUACAAGUCUGUGGCCUGAGGUUAUUUCAAAAUUAACAAUUUCAUAUAUAGCCAAUAUGACAACAAACUGUUUAUAUUUUAUAUAAAUACCUGCCCCCCACACACGCAGUCCCAUAUACAUACAUGUUAGAUGAAAUGUUUUAUAUAUAUAUGUAAAAUGAGCCAUAUAUACAUAUAUGGCUUCAGUCCAUAAGGCACAGUGGCUGUAUAGCCUCAAAAUUUUAAUUUAAAGUAUAUGCAUAGACACACACAGACACACAAAUAUAUAUAAAUUAUUUAACUUAUUUUAGAUCAAAAUAUAUUUUAAAUGCCAAAAAUUAUAUGGAGUAGCAAAAUGAUUAAAAUGACUUCCUUUUAGGACUUACCCAGAAAUUUAUUAUUUUUUUUAAGUUAAACGCCCUAUAUUUUACAGGUCUGUAAGCUAAGGCUCUGGUUGCUUUAUUACCAUAUGCCAAUCAAUACUUUAACUGCAUUCUGCUGCAGACUGUUAACAUGAGAACUGCAGAAACAAAAUGGCUCUCUUUCGCAAUGUUUAUGAAUUAUAUGCAUUUGAGUUAUCAGUUUUUUCAUUUUUUUUUCCUCAGAUGGAUUGAAACUGACAGUACAGUAGAUUUUGAGAGUAAUGCACAUCCCUUCUUUCUGGUUAAAACACACUGCCAAAAGUCAUGUCUUUAAUUGAAGGAAAAGAUUAAAAAUGCAUGUUGAUAUCUCCUAACUAUUUUUCACUAUUACAAUGAGAAAUCUGUUUGCCAUUCAGUUGCCUUUGAAGACUCUUUGACAAGUAGAUUUCAAAAACAGAGAUUUAAAAAUCUGCUUGUUUUACUGGCAAAGGACAUUUGCAUUUUUUCAUUUAAAGGAACUGGUUUGUUCUCCUGGCUCAUUCCUCUUUGGUACUUUCUGUUCUAAUACACAGAACGCAGAUCAUCUUUGAUCAGCAGAAAUAUCUUUUAUUUAGACGAGCUCAACUUUCCAAGAGUUAUGCAUGGUGUUCCUGUCUGAAGGUGUUGUUUGCUCUGUUUUAACGCCUUGGUCUGGAUAACUGUCAUGAUUUAUAUGAUUAAAAACAGACCAUUCAUCAAGAAUAAUGGCUAAUUCUAUUUGGCCUUUCUAAUAAAUGAAUCACAAUGGAUUUUUAUUUCUAUUUCACAAUAUAUACUUAUCCAAGAGGAAUUGACAGCAAGGGUUUGGAGAAUUUUUUUUUAGGUACCAACUAACACAGUGAGGAGUCAAACAAAAGAUUAAUUUAUAAACAGCAGUGCACAUCAACUAAGUGUUUCAAUUAAGACUUUUAAGGUUUUAUUUACACAAAAUAUCAGGGCUGGAUAACUUUUAAAGAGUAGGCUCUAGAAUUGAACUGUCAUUUCCAAUAGAUCUGACCUUUUCUUCAGAUAAAUUCACAUUAUUUUCUCUGUUUAGGCCCAAGGAAAAACAAACGGUAAAGGAAAUAAAGGGAAUAUAUAUGAGGCAAACAUUUCUUUUUCUUUUGCAUUAUAUCUUAUCAAUUAAUUAAAUUGUGGCCUUUGUUAUUAUAAAUGUAAUGAUUCAUUAAACUAUAUUAUGUAAUAUAUUUUGACUUUCAUGAUUGAAUUUUUACAAUUCAGUACUGUUAUGUGUUCUUAUGUAGGCUUUGAAAAAACACAACAGAAUUAUGACAAAAAUAGAUACCAGAAAGCCAAAGAUAUCAAAACUGAUUUAUUAUAAGGAUAUACAGAUAGGUGACAGCAUAACAUUAACUUUUGAAAAUAUUUUUAUCACUGUGAAUUGGUUAUUAUCUGACAGUAUUCUUUGGGGGAAAAAAAAGAGUCUCAACAUUUAACUCCCCUUGCUGCAGAAGCUAUUUUAAAGUGCCAUAUUAUUCAUUAAGCAUUAAUUAAAGAACAGCAGGAUAAUUAGUAGGAUCAUCAAUAUUACAAGAAACAUUAGAUUUCUUGAGAAGGGAAUGAUUUAACCAGAAACAAUUUAAAUUGUCUCAACUUAUACAGCUGACAGAUUAGGGGGAAAAAAACCCCAAAACAAAAGCAACUCCAGUUAGACGAACUAGAGUGGACUAAAUCAUUGUUUAGAAAUAGGCACUUCUGUAAGUAUUUUGUUAAGGCAAAAUGAUAGAACUCAAUUAGGCUCCAUAACUCCCUAGAGGUGCAGGUUUAACAGUACUCAGCCAGGUUCUGAGAAGGCACACUCUUCUAAUUCUCAUAAGGAAAUGAUCAGUGAUUAGUCCUAGGUAACUCCGAUUAAUAUCUCACACUGGGUUGGAAAUCACUGAAUGUUCUCUGCAAGUUUCAUAAUCAACAUCCUAUUUGAAAGUCAGCCAUUGCUUAGGAUUCUCUAUUAGAAUCUUAUCAAGUGCAUUCUCAGAUAUGCCUCUCAGUAACAUUUUCGGAACAACGUUGGUGAGGAUAUGAGAAUAGCCGUGACCUCCAUAUUUCAUCAACCGAUGCUUCGUAUGUAUGUCAUGAGCCAUCAGAAUUCGAUCUUCGUAGCCCUCAUCCACCAGGAAACGCACCCUGUGAAAAAUGUUAACUCGUUAGAUGUCAUUUGUCUCACAUUUCAGCUUUUAAGGUGCUUUCAACUUUUUACUCAUCAACCUAUUGUGCUCGUCGUAAAGAUACUGCCUUCCACAUGUGGCAUGUGUACUGAGAGAUCUUUAAUAAAUAUUGUGUGGUGUUGACAAA